AUGAAGAUCAUCACGGUUAUAAUAACAUUAAUAUCUACAUCAUUAGCAUUGAAUAUAUUAUUAACAUCAACUAAUAAUUGGUGUUCAAAUAAAAUACGUUACUUGCAACAAUAUUUAGAUAAUCAAGGUCAUAAAGUUAUAUUAAUUUCAUCAUUAUAUCAACAAAAUUUAAAUCUAGAAAUUCCAGAAAACUUCAAAAUUGGUUCAAGAUCAAUAAAAAAUGGUGGUGAAUUCAAUCAUUUGAAUCAUAUUAAUCAUUAUGGCUCGUUGAAAAUUGACAAGAAUAAAAAUACAAAACGUGGUGCAAAACAAGUUGUAUUAAAAAAACCGGAAGCUGAUUUGCAAGAUGAUGAUUAUAAUUUUCAAAAUUUUGACAAACCAAUAUUAAAUAAUCAAUAUGGUCAAGAUGCAAAAAAUUUAAACGCGUGGUAUAUUAAUUCAAAUUCAGAAUCAAUUAUAAAUAUAGCACUUAAUUUAAUCAUACCAAAAUAUUAUCCAGAUUUCAAAAUAGAUUUGGUGGUUGUUGGUCCAAAUGAUGAUACUACCAAUAAUGAUAAAUUGACUAAGAAUAUAUUAAACUAUAUUAAUAAUGAAAAAAAUUUAAAUGCAAUAGCUAUAUCAACAAAAGACAUUGAUUCACUUUACUUUAAAGAUCCAUUAUUUACAGCAACCAACAAAGAUAACGUUUACAAAAAAAAUCUUGAUAUAAUAACAGAAAUGAUUUCAUCAACAAUAAUCAAAAAUAUAAAUAAAUUAACAGUGAAUGACAAUAAAUUAUCACUAUUCAUCAAAUUCCCAAGUUUAAAUCAUGAAUCAUCCAUAUGUAAAACUCCAUCAAUAAUAGAUAAAUAUUUAGAUGGAUUAUUAGAAUAUCAAAUCAUAUCACAACGUCAAUCAAUAAAAGAAAUUGAAAAUGACAAUCAAAAUAAAAUUUCAAAUUUACAAUACGUAAUGGAAUCUAAUGGUCAAAUUCUAAAAAUUGAAGAAGAAAUUUCAGAUGAAUAUGUACCAGAGGAUGAUUACUUGUACAAUGAAGACGGAAGUUUCACAAAAGAUACCUCAAAAAAUUUCGCAAAUUUUAAAUUCAUCAACAAUGAUAAAUCUGAAGAUCAUCAACAACAACAACAACCUAAAAGGAUUAAAAAGAACCAUAGUGAAAGAUCACUAAAUGAUAUAAGAGAAUAUAUCUUGUUGAAUUGUAAUGUAGCUGUUGAAGUUUUGAAUCCAAUAAAUCCAUUUAAAUUAAGGAGAAUAUUAGAAUUUAAAAAUGCACUCAAGAGAGCCAAGACAACUUUACGCCCAGAUCCAAUAGAUCAAAGAAGAUCAACUUUUCAAAAUUUAAAUGAUUAUCAAGAUAUAUUAAAUCCUUUAUUAAUUAACAAGUACCAUAAAUCACCUUCAAUAAAAUCUUUCAAUAAUGAUAAUAAACUAAAAAAUAACAAAAAUAAGCCAAGAAUUGCACCAGUUGCUUUGAAAAAUGCAUUGAAUGUUCCUAUUGAAGCAGUAUUAAAUUUAAAUGUUAGACCUGGUGAAAAACAUUUUGUAAUGUGGUUUUUAAUAUCUUCUUAUUUCCCAUUAAUUGCUGCUUGUUUAGGACCUUUAGCUAAUAUGGUUUCCAUAAUAGCAUUAAUUCAACAUUGGAGAAUGGAUAAAUUUACUGGUAAAUUAUUACCUGACCCCAAUGACGUUCUUGUUUUAAAUGUUUUAUCUUUAGUUUUAGGUAUAAUUGGUAAUAUAUCAUUAUUAAUGAAUUUUUCAAGAUCUGUUAAAUAUUUAAUAACUCAAUGUGUUUCAAUAUUUUCGUGGUUUUGUGCUUCCAUUAUGUUAGUUGCAGCUUUAUUAAUUACAAAAUAUGAUACAAUGAAUGAUAUACCUGAUUUGAUACCUUCUGAAGGUUUCUGGUUUGCUUGUUUUACUGCAGGUUAUUAUUUUUCAUGUACUGUUAUAUUGUUGAUAAAUUUUAUGGGUUAUAGAUUGAACAAAUACCCACCUACAUUUAAUUUAGAUCAAAAACAAAGGACUUUAAUGUUGUUUACUAUAUUGUUUGCAAUUUGGACUAUAUGUGGUGCAGUAGCAAUGGAACAUUUGAUUAAAGAGUUGACGUAUGGGUCUUCAUUAUAUUACUGUAUUGUCUCAUUUCUAACCAUUGGUUUAGGUGAUAUUACACCAGUAAGUUCUGGAGCUAAAGUUGUUGUGUUGGUGUUUUCAUUAGGGGGUGUUUUGAUCAUGGGUUUAAUUAUUGCUACAUUAAGAUCAGUUAUAUUAUCAUCGGCAUCACCUGCUAUAUUCUGGAAUGAUAUCGAAAUUGCCAGGAGAAAACUAGUUGAAAAGUUUAAGAAAGAGCAUAAAGAAAUUACACCAGAGGAAUCAUUUCGUGAAAUGAGAUUAAUUCGUAAAAAAGUUAAACAAAGACAUAUAAACUCGUCGUUAGCUAUGACAAUAGCUUUGUUUAUGGCUUUCUGGUUAGUUGGAGGUUUAGUAUUCCAUUAUAUUGAAGGUUGGACAUAUUUCCAUUCAAUUUAUUUUUGUUUUCUUUGUUUAUUAACUAUAGGAUAUGGAGACUUUGCUCCCAAAACUGGAUUAGGUAGGCUGUUUUUUGUUUCUUGGGCAUGUGGAGCUGUUCCUUUGAUGACAAUUUUAGUAUCAAACGUUGGUGAUUUGUUAUAUGAAAUUUUCAAUGAGUUAAGUGAAUGGUUUAGUAAAUGGAUUUUCCAACCUGAUGCAAAUUAUGAAGCUAAAAAGAAACUCAAGAAGGAAAUGGAAGAAACUCAAGAUGAUGAAUUGACUUUAAGUUCAAAUCUAAUACUGGACGAAGUUAGAGAAGAUUUAGAUAUUGAAUCAUUGGAUUUAGAGAGAGAAAUUGCAAGAAGAGAAAGUUUAGAAGAUGAAAAUGAACAAAUUAGUAUUAAUAGUAUUGAAGAAGAUUUAACUGGAAAUUCUAAAAAUAGUUUUGAAUCAAGAGACCCAUCAGAUGAUGAAUCAUAUGCAUCUGGAGUAUCGGUUUCAAAUAUGAUUAAAAGGAAAUUAGUAAAAAGAAGACGUGAUCAUAAAAUUUUGUUAAAAUACAUGAAUAGGCUACGACCUUUAAUGGCUGAUACUGUAUCAAACCCAAAGAAAAAGUAUACUCACAGACAGUGGAAAGAACUUAUGAAAGCACUAGACCUAAAAGAUGUACCGGAAGAACCAGAAGAAGAUAAAUUAUACGAUGGUUUCUGGUUAGGUGAUUGGAGUCCACUAAGAUUACCAUUAAAAGAACCCAACUAUUUACUUUUGAGAGUUUAUUUUAAAAUUGAAGAAACUUUACAAGAAAUGGUUGACGCAGAAAGUCAAGAUUUAAAAUUAUUAGAUGAAAAUAUUGAUCAUAGAAAAGAUAGUGAUCAUAAUGAUAAUGAUAGUUGUAGUGAUUUUACAAAGUUCAAACAAGAUCCAAAGAUAAAGUUUGUGGAGACACCUAAACGACGGUCUUAA